CUCUCCGCCGUACAUUGGGGGUAAUUGAGUUCUCCAAGGUGGGGGGCAAGAGCCCCCCAGCUGUUCUCCCCCUCCCCUCUCUGUGCCCCACAAGAGCCCGUCCCGUCUCAGAAGGCGGGACCUCACCCGCCUGGGCUGCUGUGUCAUUUUUAGCGUCUCUACCCCCCCCACCACACUCCUUCUUUCCGUCUGUCUCUCGGAGCCACCAGCAAGUUGGGGCCAUCCCGCGGCCGGGUAGAUCUGGGGGAGCUCGCUGCGCUUGAAACCGCCCCCCUCGAAAUUCGCCACUGGUCCACCUGGCACUGCAUGGGGGCCUCCCCCCAAAAAUUUUUUUUGCCCAGCUGUAGCCUCCGGGACGCCUGGGUUCUUUUGAAGCCUUUGCGAGGUCAGGAGCUCUUGUGCCCGGGAUGGAUUUUGCCACCCUGGGGGGGCAGGAGAUGACCCCCCAUUUCCUGGAGCCCCCCGUCCUGCCGCCGGCCGAUGAAUCUGCAGUCUUCUUCCACGGAGCCGAGGGCGGGGACCCCGGCGCGCUCGCUACCUACUUCUCCCGGACACCGGAGUCCUACCGCAAUCCGACAGCGCGCCCGGUGUACCCUCUCCUCAACGGGCUGCAGUGGGUGGAUGGGCACCCCUACGCCACGGCCGGCUGGACCCCCGUCUCCUACGGCAAGCCCCAGGCCGGGGUCCCUCUCUACCCGGCUCCCCCCUCCUCCUCUUCCUACAGCCCCCCCUCACCCAAGGAGCAGCCCCCCGAGGACAAGGGCAGCCCCAAGUUCCUGGAGAUGCUGAAGACGGAGCCAAUGAGCCCCCCCACUGCCGAGCUGCUGACGUUGGGGUCCCCCGCCGGGGCCCCCUACACCGGGACCCCGGAGCUCGGGUUCUACCAGCCCAGCGGGAGCCCCCUGAUGGCUGGGUACUCCCCCAAACUCAGGGGGCCGCUGCAGCUGUCCCCGUGCGAGGCGCGGGAGUGUGUGAACUGUGGGGCCACGGCCACGCCCCUGUGGCGCCGGGACGGCACCGGGCACUACCUGUGUAACGCCUGCGGGCUGUACCACAAGAUGAAUGGGCAGAACCGGCCCCUCAUCCGGCCCAAGAAACGCUUGAUCGUCAGCAAACGAGCGGGCACCCAGUGCAGCAACUGCCAGACGAGCACCACCACCCUGUGGCGACGCAAUGCCGGCGGGGAGCCCGUCUGCAACGCCUGCGGCCUCUACUACAAACUGCACAACGUGAGCCGGACGCCGGGGUUCUCUGCCCAGCUCUGGGAGAGGAGUGGGGUCUAGUGGUUAGAGCAGGG